GUUUGACUGGAAGGAAGAGUGUUUUUUAAUGUUAAGACAUUCAAAACCACAAACUCUCUAAGAAAUUCCUCACAAAAUUUUAACUUGUUAAAAAAAACUCUCAUUUGACUCCACACGUAUGCGUUUUAUUUUUCUUUUUUUACCCUUUUGGUGUAAAUUUAUAGAACAUAGCGAAAGAUGGCUUGCAUGGCCUUGUGGGUAACCCUUAGUCAUCAGUAGUCAUGUGCCACGCAUAUGAUGGAAAUUUCGCUACAACAACAGCUGAGAUCGUCAGAAAAUGACUACAAUAUAUAAAUAGAAACUCCGGAAUUCAAAAUGGCCAGCUGUAUGAGAGGAUGCUGGGGUGUAUUCAGUGAGGAAUUAAGGAAAUUGCGCCGGCCGGCACAUCUUAGAGGGAGAACUUACAGACGUGCAAGAUAUAGUGAAAAGGAGUUGAGUAUCGAGUUUGAAAACUUGAUUGAUGAGGAGGACUUCAAUCCCCGUCCUAGACGGAUUUUAACUGAAACAGAAACAGAACUGAUCACGCAGAAGAGAUACAAUGACCUGGUUGAACAGCAGAAGAAAUUAGAUGCAGAAAUUGAUGCACAGUUAUCUCGAAGAGAAGACGAUUUACGGCUGGAAGAGGAGGCAUACUAUGAGGCUAAAAGAGAAGCAGCUCGUGUUGCCAAACAGGCCAGACAAAUGGAGGAAAAUAAAGCAUCAAAAGAAAAGGAUAAAAGAGUGCGGAGAGGUUUCUUAGAAGAUUCAUCAUUGUCUUCUUGGCUUUCAGAUGAUGGAUUUAGUGUAGAUAGCACUGAGCUUGAUGUUGAAGACUUUGAUGCCUUCUUAGAGAAAGUAAAAGCUCGAUCUCUUGGGGGAUCCAGUCCAUUCACUUCUCCCACAGCAACCACACCAAAUGCAUCAUGGGAGGAUGCCUUAGCUCAGGGAGUUGAGGCCACCAAGAUAGCUGGGAAAUCCCUUGAUGCCCUGAAUGGGUUUUCAUCUUCAGUUGAUCUGGUGUCAGUUAGUGAGAGGUAGCAGGCCUAAUAGAGGUUUUGCAUGGCUGCCAUGCAAUAUGGCAGCCAUGUUGCAUGGCAGCCGUGCAAUAUGGCAGCCAUGUUG